AUGCUAACUGCCUUGCUGCUACCCCCUCCUCCACGAUACCCAAGCGGCCAGUAUGGCCUGGGUAUGCCGGGCCAGGCCGUCAUCGAGACGAACAACGUCCUCAACAAACCGACCGGCCCGGAAUACCAACUAAUCGUUGGCGAAGGUACAUACGUCCUCCGGGAUAGCCUUCAUCUGGCGACGCCCCCUCCUCACCCUUCCGAAGCGCCUGUCCAUAAUCCAAACCCACUAGCGACGACUCCCUCUCCGCCGGCAACGGGGACGAAGCUCUCUGUCACCGUCCUUUCGCCGCGACCUUCUCCGCGACUGCAGCGAUCAGGCACGAUAAACAGCACGAGGUCGGGCAUGCCACCCAGCAUACAAGAAAGCCCACAAGAAUCGCAAAGCGCAGGGAGUGAAUUUAGUUUACCGUACAACAGGAGCAAUGGUUUUGGAUAUCAAGCGACGCCAACCUUUGGCGAAGGGAACCCGGCCCUGGGCGCAUCGAACGGGAAAGAGGCGAAAGAUCCCCUAAAGCGGCGAAAACCGAAGAACAAUAUCAUCAAGAGCAACUCUUCUUUCGUGUCGAGGGUUAUUCCUCAUGAAAAUGUAGCCAAACGACUACAGGAGCGUAACGCUGACGGACUUCUCGCCUUUGCGAACGUCAACAGGGCACUGCAGUGGUUAGACUUGUCGGCACCAAACAAGGAAGAGCAUUUGACCAAGAUAUUGUUCACCAAAGCGCAUGCCCUUUGCCACGAUGUCAACCUCGUGACCAAGACGAACAACCACCUUGAUAUAGUUAUGGGGUUUUCUACAGGGGACAUUAUAUGGUACGAACCAAUGUCUCAGAAGUACGCCCGUCUCAACAAGAAUGGAGUCAUCAAUAAGAGCGCCGUCUCUGAGAUACGAUGGUUACCCAAUUCGGAUAGCUUGUUCCUUGCCGCUCAUAUGGACGGGACGUUGAUCGUCUACGAUAAGGAAAAGGAGGAUUCUCCGUUCGUCCCCGAGGACACGGGCUCCGUUAGCGACAAAUCCCCCAGCGAGAACGGGCAGAGUCGGUAUCUUCAGAUCAGAAAGUCAAUCCAGUCGAGGAACCAGAAGAACAACCCGCUCUCGGUGUGGAAGGUCUCGAAUUCAAAGAUUAAUGCAUUUGCAUUCUCGCCAGACAACAGGCAUCUGGCCGUAGUGUCAGAAGAUGGGACCCUGCGAAUAAUUGACUAUCUUCAAGAACAGCUUCUCGACGUCUUUAGCAGUUACUACGGCGGAUUGAUGUGCGUCUGUUGGUCGCCAGAUGGGAGAUACAUUGUCACUGGCGGGCAAGACGAUCUCGUGUCGAUAUGGUCGUUAGAAGAUAGCAUGCUGGUAGCACGAUGCCAGGGGCACAACUCGUGGGUGACGGCGGUGGCAUUCGAUCCGUGGCGGUGCGACGAUCGCAACUACAGAUUUGGCAGUGUCGGGGAGGAUUGCAGGCUCCUGUUAUGGGACUUCAGUGUUGGAAUGCUUCAUCGACCGCGAGCGGCAUCGGUCCAGCAGCGAGGGAGCAUCUCGUCGCAUCUCCCGCCGGCGCGAACACGGGCAGAUAGCUCGACGAGUCGGCUCCGAUCGGACUCAAACUUGACCUCGGGCAGUGCAGAGGGCGAGUUAACGGUGCACCCGGUAGAACCGCGGGCGCGUACGGCAAUGUUGCCACCGGUGCUGGCCAAGUCGGUUGACGACCACCCCCUACGCUGGCUAGCCUUUGAAGAGGAUUGUAUAUUAACCUCUUGCGACAACGGCCAUAUCCGCACGUGGGAUCGGCCGAAGGAGGGCGCGGAAGGGGCUCAAGGGAGCGAGUCGGCGCCGUCGUUGACGGGGAGCAGCCUGUAGAGAGGAGCAGAGCAGCAAUCUCAAUGUCAAAUGUCAAAGUACGGAUUAUAGUGGUUGCGUGAUCAUUCGAUGGUUCGACG